AUGCCAGUAAAAAAAAGAGCCUCUUUGGGAAGAAGUACAUCAGCUGCAAGAAGAAUGGCAGCAACAAGAGCAGCUGAAGAUUCUGAAGACGCACGCACUCGACUUGAUGGUCAACGUGCAAGACAAGCAGCUUCAAGAGCAGCUGAAUCUCCAGAACGGAGACAAAGUCGACGGGAAGAUGAUCGAGCCAGACAUGCAGCUUCACGAGCAGCUGAGAAUCCCAUACAGAGACGGACUCGAAGUGAAGAUCAGCGUAGACGACAAGCAGCCUCAAGGGCAGCGCAAUGGACAUUUAUGGAAGGGGAAGCGUUUCGGUAUGAUCCAGCCAAUAACUAUGACAGCCAUCCUCAACUUAAUAUUGGACAAAUGAGCGAUGUUUGUCCAUACUGUAAUGCCCUCAAAUGGCAUGCAGAAACACGAGGUAUGUGCUGUUCUGGUGGUAAAGUAAAGUUACCUGAACUUCAGCCUCCUCCUGAACCACUGAAAUCAUUAAUAGGCCCUACUUCAUUUGAAGCUCUUCGAACUGUAAACGGUCAGAUCUGUGCAACAUUUCGUGAAGCAUGUCAAUUACAUGGAUUACUGGAAGAUGAUCAGCAAUGGGAUGCCACCAUGUCCGAAGCAGCUGCAGCUCAAUCGCCAGCAAGAUUAAGAAAUCUAUUUGCUCUUAUACUAGCUGUUUGUGGACCAUCCAAUCCAAAACAAUUAUGGGAGUCGUACAAAGAAAGCUUGACUGAAGACAUUCUGAGAAAUGCUCGCAGGCGAAAUCCUGGAAUGAAUUUGGAUUAUACACCAGAUAUGUUUAAUCAAGCACUGAUUAUUAUUGAAAAUAAAGUUUUAGAGAUGGGUGGCAAAGAACUUGAGAAAUUAGAGCUCCCAACUCCUCAACGAAAUUCGGGUGAUCGAUUAAACAGUGCAAUGCUCAGAGAAACAAGUUAUGAUGUGAAAGAGUUGGAUGCUUAUAUAACAGCAAAUGAGCCACUUAUUACCAAAGGAACUGGCGAAGUAAAGGUUCUGCAAGAAUGUGAACUUAUUGCAUGGGAUGAGUGCACAAUGGCUCAUAGGUAUGCAUUAGAAGCUUUGAACCAUACUUUACAGGAUCUUCGUAACAAUGGAAAGAAUAUGGGUGGAGUAGUUGUACUUAUUGCUGGCGAUUUUAGGCAAACAUUACCAGUUAUUCCAAAGGGUACCAUGGCUGAUGAGCUUAAAGCUUGCUUGAAAUCUUCGUAUCUUUGGAGACAUGUUGCAUCAUUAAAACUCAGUAGUAACAUGAGAGUGCACUUACAAGGUGACGUAUCUGCCGGCCGUUUCGCUGAACAACUUCUCGCAAUUGGAAAUGGCAAAAUACCUGCUGACCCAGUCAGUGGACUUAUUAAUAUUUCAGACAACUUUUGCAAUAUCGUUGAAUCAGUCGAAGAACUCAAGAAUAAAGUGUUUCCAAACAUUCAAACUCAGUACAAGGAUCACAAAUGGUUAUGUGAACGUGCCAUUCUGGCUCCGAAAAACGUCAAUGUAAAUGCUAUCAAUCUACAAAUACAGCAACAACUUCCUGGUGAAGCUAUAUCUUACAAAUCAAUUGAUACAGUUAAAGAUAUCGACAUGGUAGUUCAGUAUCCAACUGAGUUUCUCAAUUCACUCGAACCUUCUGGAAUGCCACCACAUAACUUGCGUCUGAAAAUUGGAUCAUCUAUUAUGCUCCUAAGAAAUCUGGAUGCACCAAGAUUAUGUAAUGGUACAAGGCUAUGUGUCAAAACUCUAAUGCCUCAUGUAAUCGAAGCAACGAUCAUGACAGGUUGUGCAAAAGGUGAAGAUGUAUUCAUACCAAAAAUACCUUUGCUCCCCUCUGAUAUACCAUUCCAAUUUACACGACUUCAGUUUCCAGUACGGCUUGCCUUCGCAAUGUCUAUUAAUAAGGCUCAAGGACAAUCACUUAAAGUUGCUGGUGUCAAUUUAGAAACUCCUUGCUUUUCUCAUGGUCAACUUUAUGUGGCAUGCUCGAGAGUAGGAACUGGAGAGAAUUUAUAUGUUUUUGCUCCAGAUGGAAAAACGAAGAACAUCGUGUACAAAACAGCUUUACAAUGA